AUGGGAUCAACAAAUUCGAGACCACCGAAUUUGAGUCCGGGGGAUAUUAAGAAACUUAUAAUUUACCCAAAUGGAAUAGAAAUAGACGAAGGAUACGUGUCGGUAUACUUGGCCAUUGUGGAUUAUGGUGGCUUGCCUGUAGGCUGGGAGGUGAAUGUCGUCUUCACGAUAUGCUUGUUUAAUCAGAUUUCCGGCAAUUAUCGCUAUUCACUAGGAAGAAGUCGGAGUUUUGGUGCAAUAAAGACAGAAUGGGGCUUCUCUAAGUUCAUUUCCAAGAAAGAACUUAACAAUGGAUACUACAUCAGCCACGACGACAAUUGUGUGUUUGGUGCUGAAGUUUUUGUAAACCAAAAAAAACCAAUCAUUCACUGUCUGUCUUUGAAGAAUGUUGUUGAUGCUCCCUUCAAGAAGGAAUGGAACAUUCCAAAGGCAAACUCCCUCAGCAACAAGCCCUCGGUGAAGAUGUACUGCAAGGCGGACACAAAUUAUGCUCUCACCAUUCGUGAUGGGAAAGUCGUUCUUGCACCCGCCAAUCCAUCUGAUCUUCGACAGCAAUGGACACAAAUUAAAUCUCGGGUGAAGGAUGAAGAAUGUUUCCCAAGCUUUGCUCUGGUGAACAAGGCGACUAGGCAGGCCAUCAAACACUCUAUUGCCGGCGCCAAUACGAUAUUUUCACCGAUCUACUGGCGGAAACCUCCGGCCUGGGAAGAAAGUAAUGUCGAUUACGAGUCCUCGAAAACCCCCUCGGCCUACCUGCCUCCUCGCCGGAGACGCUAUUUUUUUUCUUCCCGCCGGCGACAAAUCUCGAUCGUUGGAGGCGAAGACGGUCCCCAGAGCAGUGCAUCGUAUGUCAAUAGAGCGUCGGAUCUGAUGGCUUACCAGCGGGCUUCAUCAACGGCGGCACACAAUCGGCGCAGGGGCAUGAGAUAUCCCCUGGCUGAAGAUAUGAGGACUUGGAUUGAUGAGAGGGUUGAGAGUAUUUCUCCAAGUAAGCUACUGAAGUAUUGGUCAGUAAGCCAUCGGAGGUACUCCACCAAAGGCGGUUCCUUGAGGAACAUCAGAGGAAGAAGUAAGGGAUUUGGCCUUGGCCAGUUUAAUUUAGUUUGUGUUGCUUUGCUUACAGUAGCCAUUAUGGAAUCUAGAAAGGCUUCACCUGCUCAUUUGUUGGUCAAAAUUCAAUCAUUCUCGUCGUUUGAGAAGCAUGGGAUCAAGAAAUUUGAGACGACCAAAUUUGAGUCCGGAGGAUACAAGAAGCUUAUAAUUUACCCAAAUGGAAGGGAAAGAGAGGAAGGAUACGUCUCGGUAGACUUAGCCAUUGUGGAUUAUGGUGACUUGCCCGCAGGCUGGGAGGUUAAUGCCGUCUUCACCAUCUUCUUGUUUAAUCAGAUUACCGGCAAUUAUAGCUAUUCACCAGGAAGAAGUCGGAGUUUUGUUGCAAUAAAGACAGAAUGGGGAUUCUCCAAGUUCAUCUCCAAGAAAGAACUUAAUGAUCCUCACAAUGGAUACCUCAGCCACGAUGACAAUUGUGUUUUUGGAGCUGAAGUUUUUGUGAACGAAAAGAAACCGAUCAUUGAUUGUCUGUCUUUGAAGAAUGUUUUUGGUGCUUCCUACAGGCAAGAAUGGAACAUUCCCAACUUCUCUAAAUUGGGGAGUGAAUGGAUUUCACCGGAGUUCUCUGUCGAAGGCCAUAAGAGAGUGAUGAUGUAUAGAUAUGGAUGUGGAGAAGCUAGGGGACGCUUCUUAUCUCUCUUCUUAGUCUAUAUUCCUACUAAAGUUAACAACAUACGAUUGCACACGUGCUUUGCAAUCAGCAUGAAGAAUCAGCUUGACAGUAGACACAUGAGUGGAGUUCCUGCUGAAAGCCGUUUCUGGGGAUGGUUUUCAUUUAUUCAGCUUGAUGUGGUGAACAAUCCUAAUAAUGGCUUCAUCGUGAACGACUGUUUAGCCAUUAUGGAAACAAGAGAGGCUUCGCCCGCUCAUUUGUUGAUCAAAAUUCAAUCUUUCUCGUUGCUUGCGAAGCAUGGGAUCAAGAAAUUCGAGACCACUGAAUUUGAGUCCGGUGGAUACAAGUGGAAACUUAUAAGUUACCCAAAUGGAAUGGAAAGAGACAAAGGAUACAUGUCGGUGUACUUAGCCAUUGUUGAUUAUGGUGGCUUCCCCAAAGGCUGGGAGGUUAAUCACAGGGAACUCAAAGCAACCAUGGACUUCACACCAACAACAGAUGCUAUUAUGGAAACGACAGAGGCUUCACCUGCUCAUUUUUUGGUCAAAAUCAAAUCUUUUUCCUUGUUUGAGAAGCAUGGUAUCAAGAAAUUCAAGACGAGUGAAUUUGAGGCCGGGGGAUACAAGAAGCUUAAGAUUUAUCCAAAUGGGAGAGAUAUAGACGAAGGGUACAUGUCUGUGUACUUGGCCAUUGUGCAUGAUGGCUUGCCUGCAGGCUGGGAGGUGAAUGCCUUCUUCACAAUCUGCUUAUUUAAUCAGAUUUCCUGCAAUUAUCGCUAUUCACUGGGAAUAAGUCGGCGUUUUCUUGCAAUGAAAACCCAAUGGGGCUUCUCUAAGUUCAUUUCCAAGAAAGAACUUAACGAUCCUCACAAUGGAUUCCUCAGCCAUGACGACAAUUGUGUGUUUGGUGCUGAAGUAUUUGUGAAAGAAAAUAAAGCAGUCAUUGAUUGUCUGUCUUUGAUGAAAGUUGGUGAUGCUCCCUACAAGCGGGAAUGGAACAUUCCCAACUUCUCUAAAUUGGAGAGUGAAUGGAUUUCACCAGAGUUCUCUGUCGGAGGCCAUAAGUGGAGUAUGAAGAUGUAUAGAAAUGGAAUUGGAGAAGCCAAAGGACGCUUCUUAUCUCUCUUCUUAAACUAUAUUCCUAAGAAUGGUAACAAUGAACGAGUGCACACGUGCUUUACAAUCCGCAUGAAGAACCAGCUUAGCAGUGAACACCAAAGUAAAGUUGAUUCUCAUUGGUUUUCAGCUGUUGGAAACCUUGACUGGGGAUGGAAACCAUUUAUUGAGCUUGCUGUGGUGAACGAUUCUACUAAAGGCUUUCUUGUGAACGACAGCUGCAUUAUAGAAGUGGAGUUUCUGUCAACCGUGGCCCCACUUGCUCCAUUGCAUUCAAGUUUUCCGUUUAUGGCAUUGAUUGUGGCUCCGAAUCCUUUUCCAGUCGUUAUAAGAUUGUGGUAUCAGGAAGAGCCUUUUCUUGCAAUAAAGACAGAAUGGGGCUUCUCUAAGUUCAUUUCCAAGAAAGAACUUAACAAUGGAUACCUCAGCCACGACGACAAUUGUAUUGUCGUCGAAAAAAAAAAAAAAGCAAUCAUUGGUUGUCUGUCUUCGAAGAAUGUUGUUGAUGCUCCCCACAAGCGAGAAUGGAACAUUCCAAACUUUUCUAUAUUGGGGAGUGAAUGGGUUUCACCGAACUCUGUAGAAGGCUAUAAAUGGACUAUUAAGUUGCAUACAAAUGGAUAUGAAGAAGCUAGUGGACGCUUCUUAUCUCUCUUCUUAAACUAUAUUCCUAAGAAUGGUAACAAUGAACGAGUGCACACAUGCCGUACAAUCCGCAUAAAGAAUCAGCUUAGCAGUAAACACGAAAGUAAAGUUGGUUCUCGUUGGUUUUCAGCUGCUGCAAGCCUUAGCUGGGGAUGGCCUUCGUUUAUGUGUUUAGUGAUCCUAAUAAAGGCUUUCUCUACAUCUACUGUUCUUAUUUUAUCAAAAUUGUUUACUUUUGGAACAUCUUGUGUUGUAGCUUCUAAUCUGUUUUCAGAUCCUGGAAACCUUAAUUGGGGAUGGGCUUCAUUUAUUGAGCUUGCUGUGGUGAAUGAUCCUAAUAAAGGCUUUGUCGUGAACGACUGUUGUAUUAUACAAAGAUAUCUGUGCAAGCUAUUGCAAGCUCAGCCUGAUUUUUCUACAACCUUUUCAAACCAGACAGAAAGUAUUGUUACCCGGGUCAACUUGAAGUUGAUCACAGUAUUGCGUAUAGUACCGAACGCGCGAACUCACAGUGUCAGGAUUUCCCCCAUCACACUCAAUCGGCCCAUUAAUGGCCCGAAUCGUAGCCCCAAAUCCUUCCGUCCUGAAGGAUAUAACUGGGUCAGUGGCCACAAUCUCGGGAUUGUUCAAGCCAUCGAAGCCAAUGCUGUUGCCAGCUGGGCCGUAAUUGAAAUUCCACGACAGCUGAAUGGGCCCACGACCAAAGUAGGCCCGGUUAGGAGCGCAUGGAUACUGUGUGUUAGUCUCGUCGCAAUAGUCUCUAGAUGCGCCGUUGAUCUCCUCGAUGUAGCAGAAAUCUGGAAUAGUACUAAUACUACUUUUAUUAUAGAUGAUAAUAGAUAUUUUGUAAAAAUUGACAUG